AUGCCGCAGCGGCCCGUGGCGUACACGGCCAAGUACGAGUGCCCCGAUGAGAACUACAUUGCGACGCAGGAGCGCCAGCACAUGGACGACGUCCACGACCAGCACCUGCGCGAGAUGCGUCCGAUGAUCUCCAAGGACUUGACGCACGACUUUGUCCGGUCGGACGCACCCAACAAGAAGCGGCUCGCGCUCGAGCACGAGCGCCAGAUGGAGAUUUCCCUUGAAAACAACAUUCUGAUCGACAAGAUGCAGCGCAUUAUGGUGCGGAAGGAGCGGCUUAGCCACUUUCCAGACGUGCCAAAGGCGUCGAUGCCCAAACCGUCCAACGCACCGAUGCGUGAGCGCGUCCAGAGCCAAAUCAAGAGCGAGAACGCCGCGAUCAAGUCUCACCUCGCUCACGUCAAGGGCACGUACAACGUCGCCACUUGGGCCAAAGAAGCUGAGCAGACCAACCGGCUGGUGCAGCAAAUCUCCAAAGUGCCACGGCGCGCCAAGACCAAGCAGCGCCGAAAGCGGCAGCCGAGGGCCGACGUCGACGCGACCCAGCUCGACGACUUUGAGUUCCUCGUGCUCACCAAGACCGACACGGGGCUGCCGAUGCGCACGGCCAAAGAAAUUCGCACCCACAUCCAAAGCAAACUGCCCUCGAUUCACCAAAAGGCAGCGAUGUACAUGCCAUCAUCAUCUCCAGGGCGACCCAACCCGUUUGAGAUCCCUCGACGACCGUUCGAGUAG